AUGAUUUUGGUAGUUAUUGCAUCUGGCUUGGAUAUUCCAGACAGAUAUUGGGGUACCUACAGAUCUGGUGUAUAUUUUGGUUUAAAAACAAGAGAUCCACAUUCUUUAGUAACUGGUUUGAUGUGGUAUUCUCCACAUAUUCUACGCUAUGAUGGAAGCGUACUUAGACACUGGUGUGAUCAAGGUGAUAAAUUAGAUAGAUAUGCAUGGCUGGAGCAUGAUGGACGAACGUUUGGUGUUCAGGAAAUAGUAGAUAAGUCCAUAAUUUUAAGAACGACAUUUGUCAAAAGACCUGGUGGAUAUCAUGGUGGUGAUUGGACCGCAAGAAUUGCAGUAUCACAAAAGAAAGAAAACAGUAGAGAAGAGAUAUCAUUGUUAUUUUACACUGCUAUCGAAGAAAGUACAAAAGGUUGGAUAAAGGCUAAUCUAGGGGACUAUAAUCGCUUAACAGGCAUAGAAGGAAACACACAAGGAUUGGGAUCUUUUGCUAUAAACCUAAAUUUAAUAAAUGGCACUGUAGAGGAUCAUUCGUUUUUGGCAACAACUGCUUCUGGGUUAAAUGUGUUGAAAGAAACUGUUUUGCAAAAUCUUCGUAUCGCAACCCAGAAGGGAUCCGCGGAGAAACAUAUAGUUUUAGCCGGCGAACAAUUACUAUUAUCGCCUGAAGGCAAGAAAAAGGAUCCAAAUUUCAUCGUUACUCAAGUAACAGGAAAAGUUCCUUUCGAGAUUGAAGUUAGUUACGAAUCUGGCAGUUUUAGUAAUAGAAUAGACAAGUUAACAGGCCAGAACUAUGACGAGGCUCUCGACAAGCAGAGGCAAUUGUUCUCGAAGAAAUUUGAAAAUGUUUUUAAAUUGAAAUCAAAGGGAUACACGGACGACGAAAUGACGUUCGCAAAGAUGGCAUUCUCAAAUCUCAUAGGCUCGAUAGGUUACUUUUACGGAACUUCGCAAGUGCAAAGUACGUAUACACAGGGACCUGUGCCUUAUUUAUAA